ACAGAGAAAGAAGCAAAGGGAUGUUAUGAGUGAAGUGAAUACUUUGACGUCCUACAUAUCUACAAGCGGCUCCCUUGGGGGCAUGUGGGAUGGGGGAAGCCCAGGGCUUACAGUGGUGACGCACUGCCUUGUUUCGCCUGUCUGUAGGGAGUGUCGUACGAAGCACGGUGGUUCCUGUGACAGACGCUUUGCGGGUUGAAGCGAAGGGAUGGUAGGUGAUCUGUCAAUAGCAGUAUGGUUUAUCUUCA